AAGACAUAUAUAUCGAGCUCUGUCUUUUCAAUUACCCUAGUAUCAAUGAUUGUCAGAAACAAUUUUGAGGGUUAGAUUAUUAGUCAAACCGUUCAUACCCGUAGGUAGAAGUGAGGAAUAGGGCUAUUUUAACAAGAAUAACUAUUAGAUUUUCAAAUAAUGAACAACAGGGUGUUCAAUUCUUGAGAUAGCUAUUGCAAAUUUUCGUCAUCAGAUAUUUAUUCACUUCAUUAGAUAUAAGAAAGAUAAUAAAAUAAAAAAAAUAGAAGAUAUAUAAUUGUUUCAAUAUAAUUUUCUCCGAUUCUCUCAAUUUAAUAACACUCAGCAGAAAUGAAAGUGACAAAAUCAAAACAACAAUAUAACUUUAUAUACCUAUAUAUGCCUUAUAAACAUUGAUUUUUAUAUUUAUCUCACAAUGAUAUGUCAAAGAUCCAAUUAAUAAACUAUUAUAUACACCUAAUAACUAUACUUAUAUUAAACUCAUGGUACAUGUACUAUAUGGUAGAUAUAAUGGAAAUCAUAUCUAGGUACCUAUAUCGUCUAGGAUUCCUCCGAUGGUGAAUUGAAAACGCCGUGGACUGAUGACAUAGCACAUUGCAAUUUCUCUAAAUCUUCAAGUUUUGAUUUGAAACUUUCAAUUUCUUUUCGCAUCAUCUCAUUUUCAUUUUCUUUCUCUGCGAUCGUAUCAUUCAGUAAUUCCCAAUACGAUGACGACGGAACUCUUUUUUAGAACGUCUCUAUUUCAUAAAUUGACGGCCUCUUUCAAUUUGAAAUCCAUCAGCUUGAAAGAGUCUUUAUCAAAAUGGGCCUAAAAUUCAUCUUUUUUGUACUGUUUCAACAAGUAAAUUUGUAUGUUUACCUCACAUAUUGCGGAUUCAUUGAAAUUAAUUUUCCAUUCUGGACGUUUCAUUGCAUUCUUCCAUGACAUUAUCUUUAAAGGAUCAUUAUUCGGAAAAUUGAAUAACUUGAAUGACUUUUCUAAUGAAUUAUUGCAAUAAUGUACGCAGCAGGACAUUGAAAUAAUUUAAAAUGCUGAAUUUUGGCUGUCAUUAAAUUUCAAAGUGACAGUGACAGAAAUUCGAAAUUAUUAAAAAAAGCGGGCGGGACGACUAUGGUGUUUUGUCUCAUUGUCAGGUAGGCAAACCAAAUGGAACAAAAUAUCAAAAACCCCAACGGCUGUCAGUUUUGUGUCCGGACUCUUGUCUAAGGUAUAUACAGGGACUCUAGUAGAACGGAGACAAAAACAGUAGAUCUACUGUUAAAAUAGUAGGUCUGGCAACGAUGGUUGACGAACGCCUCUGGUGGUCGACACUGUUGACAAAUGACAAUCGAUAGAAAAUCAAUAAAAACCGAAUGGGCCAAUCAAAUUUUGUGUCGGACCUAUAGCCAAUGAGACUUCGCUUUACCCCUCCAAAUUUUGGAUCUGAGAUCCAGCGCAUGUCUGUUAAAAUCACAACUAAAUGAAAAGGCCUAUUGAACGACGACUGUGAGUGGUGAUUGUCGUUUGUGGAACGCGUGUGCAGAGAAUAAAUUUUAGAUUAGAGUUAGAGUUCUUGUUUUUAUUAUUCAUUAAAAUAAAUUGUGUAGGUACACAUUAUCGAGUGGGUGUGAUUGUUUGUGUAAGGGUAUAUAUUCGACAACAAUAACUACUGGUCCCGGUUCGUUUGUUACGGGAUGAUACGGAUAAAGGAGUGAUGAACAUGAACUUCCUUGGAGUUGAAUUCAGAGAUUCCGAAGAUGGCGGCGGUGGUGGACUAGCAGUUGUUCACUGCAAGUGGCUCACGCCGAAAAAAAAGGAAUGCUUUUGGCCUGCUAUAAAAAAUCAGUCUAAAUAUUAUAAUAUUUUGAGGAAUGGAGAUUCUCCGGAUGAGAAACUUUGGACCCUUCACAAAAUAGGAAGGAUUUUUUUUGAAUCUGAUAAUUUGGACAAAGCCAGAGAAAAAUUAAAACAGGCUGAAUUCACUUCUGAUGUUCAGAGUGAUUCAGAAUUGGAUAGCCAAACAAUUAAAAGGAGAAGAAUAGCACCCAGAAAAUUAUAUGAGUCAGAAAGUGAGGAGAGUGAAACCAAUGAAGAAUUUUUAGAUCUGCCAAGACCACCUCAGAUCAAAUCAAAAACUAGUGAGAGGCUGAAGUUUGGUCAAUUGUCCCAAAAAAAGACAACUGGUUCUUUCAGUUUUGUAGAAAAAAACAGAGUUGGAACACCUUCUGUAGAUUCAAACCGAGAUUCCAUGACAUCAACUCCAAUUGUGCAAAAGAGUGAUACGAACCAGAUAUCAGGAUAUCAACAAACUCUGCGUACAUUGGAAUACAUAAAGGAACAAAAUAAACAGAUCCUUGCUUUGCUGAACAGUCGAGGAGGUAGUUUUUCCAAUCAAGCAUCAUAUAAUUUGGAUAAUUUGCCAGUUGAAAUCCCAUUAUCUUCCAAUGAGGACCUGAACAUCCUGGAGAACUUUUUAAAAGAAGACCAGAACUUGAGAAAUUUGAUGUCUUACUUAUCUUCUUUGGGCGGAAAAGAUCAUAUUGUGCAGACUAAUAACUGUUUACGUCGACUGUUAACCAAUGAGUUUUCUUGCCAGUUCAGCUUUAUGGGAAAGAGAGGUGGAAAAAAAGCAUUUUCUGACUUAUUGUUAAAGAAGUGUGUAAUUGGUGCAGUCACAAAAAAUCUACCUCAAAUCAAAGAACGAGAUAUAGAAGAUGCCAUUAAAAACUGGCUGAAGCAUUCACCUCAGAGAUAUCACAAUGAACUUUUGAAAAAUCGUCGAAACACCAAUUAGCUUAUUUUUUUUUAAAAUAUGGAUAAAAGAAAAAUUGUUGGUAAUAGACAAAUUUAUAGAAGGGUGAAAAAAGCUGUUGAACAUAUGGUGAGUGACUUGAAUACUUCAAAUAGUUCUUUACUAUGCUCUGAAUUUGGCCAAAAUUCUGAUCAUAAUAUCCCCACUGCAGUUUCUGGGUCUGGAGUAGUUUCAUAUCAGUUUGAAAACACAAUUCAUAAUGCUGAUCAAAAUUAUCCUAAUGGCUUUGAGUCAAUUACAGAUUCAGAUCAUGAUUACAAUGGGCAAUCAAUUGAUAGUAAUAAUAAUGAUGAUGCACCUGCCCUCAAUAAUGAAUUGAAUGAAAUGUCUGUUGAUUCAAACCUCUCAACCAGUCUAAAAAAUUGGGCCAUUGAAAGUAACAUACCACGAAGGUCAUUAUCAAAUCUCUUGAAAAUUCUUCAUCCUUUUCACACUGAUUUACCCUUGGAUUAUAGAACUCUUCUCAAAACUCCUGAAAGUAUUGAGAUUAAAAUAUUACAAAAUGGCGAAUAUGCACAUUUUGGUUUGAAAAAUGCAUUGCACAAUUUUUUGACCUCUAAUGAUGUUAGUGAUGAUGAACUUAAAAUCAGUUUCAAUGUAGAUGGGAUCCCUUUGUUCAAAAGUACCAAUAAGAGUCUCUGGCCCAUUCUGGGAUUAAUUAAAAAUGGUGGUCAGCAAGCUACUCCAUUUUCUAUUGGAAUAUUUUAUGGAUCAUCUAAACCUUCUCCACUGAAAGAUUUUUUAGCUGAUCUUAUCCUUGAAUUGCAUGAUUUACUCAGGAAUGGUUUAGACUAUGGUGGUAGGAAUUAUAAUAUUGCAAUCCACAGUUUUGUCUGUGAUGCACCUGCAAGGGCAUACUUGAAGUGUAUCAAGGGACAUGGGGGUUACUCAUGUUGUGAAAAAUGCACAGUUAUUGGACAGCGAGUUCCAGGUAGAGUUAUUUAUAGAGAUAUAUCAGCUUCAAAACGAACUGAUGAAAGCUUCAGAUUACAGUUUGACAAAGAACAUCAUUUGACUACGUCACCCUUGAUUAGGCUUGGAAUUGGUCUAGUUUCAACUUUUCCCAUUGAUUAUAUGCAUAAUAUUUGUCUAGGGGUGAUGAGGAAAUUGAUGAACUUCUGGUCAGAUGGACCCUCUAAAGUCAAACUUACGAAAAAAUCUUUAGAACUUGUUUCUGAUUAUUUGAUGUCACUGAGAAAGUAUAUACCAAUUGAAUUCAAUCGAAAACCACGUAGCCUAAAUGAGUUAGCUAGAUGGAAAGCUACCGAAUUCCGAAUGUUUUUAUUAUAUUUAGGACCUGUGAUUUUGAAAGUUUCUUUUAAUAAAGUUGUUUAUGAAAAUUUUUUGCUUCUACAUUGUGCAAUUUCUAUACUCAUAUCUCCUAUCCACAUUUCACGAUUAGGUACUAACUUAGCAAAAAAGCUGUUGGUUGCAUUCAUUAAGCAUUGUGAACAGUUGUAUGGAUCACAAUUUUUAAUUUACAAUGUUCAUUUAUUACUGCAUUUGCCAGAUGAUGUUGAAAAUUUCGGAAAUUUAGACAAUUUUUCCUCAUUUCCUUUUGAGAAUUAUUUGGGUUAUUUGAAACGACUAGUAAAAUCACCAAAACAGCCUCUGCAGCAGAUUUGCCGACGCCUAAAAGAAGUUGAAAAUAGUGAUAAAGUAAAUUCCAAUAAAUCCGAGAAUGCUUGUAUCAUGGAACAUAAAAUGGGCCCUUCAAAUGACAUCAGUUUGGAUUGCAAACAGUUCAAAAAAUUCAAUUUUAAUCACUUUAGUAUAUGUAUAGCCUCUCAUUCUCUUGCUGAUUCAUACUGCUGUUUUGGAAAUAAUUUGGUACAGAUUCACAACAUCAUGAUGAAAUCAGAUGGAGCAAUUUUUUUCUUAGGCAAAAAGUAUUGUUCACAAAAGCCGUUGUAUGAAUAUCCUUUCAGCUCUGAAGAUUUGAAAAUAUUUUUGAUAUCUGAUCUGUCCAUGGAACUGACUAUUUGGAGUAUUCAAGACAUAAUAUGCAAGUGUUUGGUCAUACCACUACCAAAUACUGGUGAAUUGGCAGCUUUUCCCAUUAUUCAUUCCUUAGCUUGCUAGUCUCUAGCUCAACAGUAAGAACAUAAUAUUAUGUUCAUUCAACAUUGUAAGAAAAUGUAUAUUUAAUUUUAAUUCUUACCUGUAUGCCAUUCAGCAUUUUUACCUAUUUCAACAUUGUAAGAAAAUGUAUAUUUAAUUUUAAUUCUUU